CUACGCAGUGACGUAAUCGCGCUUCGGCAUCUCGCCCUGCGAGGUGACGCAAUCGCGCUCGACGGAGCGGUGGGGGCUUGUACUCGAUGACGUCAUUGCCCUCUGCCUUGACACCGCCCUGUGAGGUGACGUCACGCGGCCUAGGCGGAGCGGGAGGUCGAGACGGAGGUGAUUCGCAACAGGGGCAGCAGUAGCAGCAGCAGCAGCAGCAGCAGGAGGAAUCGCCAUGCACCAGUGCGACCAGUGCGUGUACAACACGGACAACCGGGGCUCCUUCAACAGCCACCGGCGGACGCACACGGGCGAGAAGCCGUACGUGUGCGCCGUCUGCGACAAGGCCUUCACGCAGUCGGGCAACCUGCACAACCACCAGAGGACGCACACGGGCGAGAAGCCCUACAAGUGCGACGUCUGCGGCAAGGCCUUCACGGUCUCGGGGGCCCUCAACAACCACCAGAGGACGCACACGGGCGAGAAGCCGUACAAGUGCGUCGCGUGCGGCAAGGCCUUCACGCAGUCGGGCGCCCUCCACAGCCACCAGAGGACCCACGCGGGCGAGAAGCCCUACAAGUGCACGACGUGCGGAAAGGCCUUCACCCAGUCGGGCGCGCUGCACAGCCACCGGAGGACCCACACGGGCGAGAAGCCCUACAAGUGCGAAGUCUGCGGCAAGGCGUUCACGCAGUCGGGCAACCUGCACAAGCACCAGGUCACCCACGCGGGGGUUCUGUUCACUCCCCUGAACUUCAUGGAGCAGAAGAUUAAAAACUGAGGAUUAUUUUUGUUGUUUUUGACCGCCGCCGCCGCCGCCGCCGCCCGCCCUCCCCACCACCACCACCACCCCCGCCCCCUCCAUCCCCACCCCACCGGCACGACCGUCGGGGUUGAACCGUGAGCCGUGCCGCUGCCGAAACGCCGGCGGGCGCGUUAGCGGUUAGUCCGCGGCCUCACCGCGCACUAUGGACGCAUCGCCACGCGAGACGCAUUUGUGGGUCCGUUCCGGGUCAAUGUUGUGUCCCUGCUCUCCCCCCCACCCCCCCGCCUCCACCCUUGGCUCCUCCGGUUUGCCAUAAUCGCGUAACUAUAAACGUGUGUCGUCGUUAAACCCACCGCCGCCACCACCAUCGCCCGACACGGCCGAUCGGUCAAGGCUCGUGGCGCGUAAAACUCAAAACGUGGCCCAGUUAGCAACUAGUUUUAACCGGUUGCGUAUAGGAGGGUAAAACCCGCGGACAUCAACAUUCACGUUUCGAGUAGCCGGUGACGUUUCGCCGACGCGAUGACAACAAAAACGACCCAGCCUCAUCGGGGCGAUUUGGCCAGAAUUGUGAACAAAGUCUCUUCCACCUGUUUCGCUCUGAAAUAGACGGGGGGGGGGGGGGGUGGUAGGAGUGAAAGGUGGUGUCAUCGCCGCAAUGCCACCAGCCUUUAUAGCGCAGUUGGCUACGCACGGCGUGCGUGUGACGCAGCAACAAAAACUAUUCCAGGAAACAUUCCCACCCGGCGAUGAGAUUUUGGAUUAUCAUUUUAGUUUUUUUUUUUUUACUUUGGGUUGACGGAAGGUUUCAAGAUGGGACUGUGAGACCAGCGCGAGGGCGUUGCGACGCUUGUCGCCAAGGCGUUUGCCGGUGGCGCCGUGAAGAAUGCACUGCUUCUGGCCAUGUAAACAUCCUGAGUGUCUGCGCCCCAACACUCUACUCACCUCCGGAGAUUCAUGACCAAUUCUAUGAAGAGCUUCACAAUAUUAUUUGCAAAAUCCCCAGCUCUGAGCACAUGUUUCUGUUGGGAGACUUCAAUGCAAGGGUUGGGGCUGACCACGACGCGUGGCCCGCAUGCCUUGGCUACCACGGCAUUGGAAAGAUGAAUGCCGGUGGCCAAAGACUACCGGAGCUUUGUUCAUACCACAAUCUCUGUAUCACAAACGCAUUCUUUCUCACAAAACCAUGCCAUAAAGUAUCAUGGAGACAUCCAAGGUCUCUUAAUUGGCACCAACUGGACCUCGUCAUCACCCGACGAGCCCUCCUCAACUCGGCACUCGUCACACGCGGCUACCGCAGUGCAGUCUGUGACACCGAUCACUCGCUGGUAUCCAGCAAGGUCAGACUACGCCCCAAAAAAGAUACACGGACUCAAACAAAAGCGCUACCUACGCAUCGACUCUGCCAAGACCUCCCUCCCAGAGCUCACUCAAUUAUGCCAACACAGCCUUGAGCAGUCCCUACACGACACACCGGAUGGAAGCGUGGAGACAAAGUGGGCAUACAUCAGAGACCGCCAUCUUCAAUGCAGCCAUCAAUACCUUCGGCAAGCAGACAAGGCGGAACACAGGCUGGUUUGAGGAACACCUGGCUAUAUUGGAACCCAUCCUCCAAGCCAAACGCACGGCGCUGCUGAAAUACAAGCAAGUCCCAAGCACAGGAUCGUCAAGGGCUCUGAAAGCUGCCCGCAGUGCAGCUCAAACGACCGCCAGACGCUGCGCCAACAACUACCGGGUGAACCUCAGCAGUAGGAUCCAACUCGCCUCUGACACUGGCAAUAUCCGUGCCAUGUAUGAAGGCAUCAAGACAGCCUUUGGUCCAAACAUCAGGAGGACUUGCCCCCCUUAAAUCCAGCACAGGGGCCAUCAUCACUGAUAAACAAGAGCAAAUGGCCAGGUGGGUAGAACACUACUCAGAGCUCUACUCGCGAGACAACGGUGUGUCAGAAGCUGCCCUUGCUGCUGUAAAGCCCCUACCAACGAUACACGAACUGGACAAUGUUCCAACCUUGAAGGAACUUGACAGCGCCAUCAACUCACUAGCCAGCGGCAAGUCACCGGGACAGGACGGCAUCACACCUGAGGUACUGAAAUGUGCAAAACCCGCCGUCCUCACAAAACUCCGUGAACUUCUCUGUCAGUGCUGGGAAGAAGGAGCAGUGCCUCAAGACAAUGAGAGACUCCAACAUCAUCACCCUAUAUAAAAACAAGGGUGACCGUGGGGACUGCAGUAACUACCGCGGCAUCUCCCUGCUGAGCAUCGUGGGGAAAACCUUUGCCCGUGUGGCCCUCAGCAGGUUACGGAUACUAGCUGAGAGGACGUAUCCUGAGGCUCAGUGUGGCUUCAGAGCAGGAAGGUCUACAAUUGACAUGCUGUCCUCCUUGCGUAGCUAGAGGAGAAAUGUUGAGAACAGAGAAUGCCCCUGUACUUGGCAUUCAUUGAUUUUACAAAAGCCUUUGACCUCAUCAGUACGGGAUGCCUUUUCAAACUCCUCAAAGUGAUCGGCUGUCCACCGAAGCUGCUGGCAGUCAUCUCCUCUUUCCAUGACAACAUGAAAGGAACAAUACAGCACAGCGGCACCACCUCAGAGGAAUUUCCCAUACUCAGCGUGCUUGCCCCAACACUAUUUGGCAUCUUUUUCUCACUUAUGCUCACACAUGCCUUUGGGACAGCAGAAGAGGGGGAGUCUUUCUUCAUACAAGAUCUGAUGGCAAACUCUUCAACCUUGGCCGUGUCUCAGAUCCAAAACCAAAGUCCGCAAAGUCCUCAUCAGAGAACUCCUAUUCGCUGAUGAUGCUGCGCUGACAGCUCACACAGAACAAGGUUUGCAGACACUCAUCGACCACCUUGCCAAUGCCUGCAACAACUUUGGCCUACACAAUCAGUCUAAAAAAGACCAAUGUCAUGGGCCAGAAUGUCAGAGACACCCCUUCCAUAAACAUUGGCAGCUACACCCUGGAAGUCGUUCAGGACUUCACCUACUUGGGUUCUACCAUCACCUACAAUUUGUCCCUCGUCACAGAGAUUGGCAAGCGCAUUGGGAAGGCGUCUACAGCUAUGUUCAGGCUGACUAAAAGAGUGUGGGAGAACAAAUCCCCAACGCUCAACACCAAAGUGCAGGUGUACCGGGCCUGCGUCCUUAGCACCCUCCUCUAUGGGUCUGAGUCCUGGACAACAUACGCCCAUCAAGAACAUCGACUAAAACACAUUCCACCUCCGAUGUCUCAGGCGCAUCCUCGAUAUCAGAUGGCAAGAUCGCAUUCCCAACACCUCAGUUCUCAACUUGGCCAACAUUCCCAACAUGUACUCUCUACUCAGUCAUAGGCGCCUGAGAUGGCUUGGACACGUGCGCCGCAUGCAGGAUGGCAGAAUACCCAAGGAUGUCUUGUACGGCGAGCUGGCAUCAGGCACACGGGUCACUGGUCGCCCGGUCCUGCGCUUCAAAGAUGUCUGUAAACGGGACGUGAAGAGCUGCGACAUCAACCCAAAUGACUGGGAGAAAACUGCCGGCGACCGACUCAGCUGGUAGCAGGCUGUGGAAACCGGCCUCAGGAAGAGGCGAGGAGAAAAGACACACCGCUUGGCAGACCAAGAGGGAGCGAUGUAAAGAAAAAGCAACAAACACCUCUGGAGCUGCCACCGCAUUCACUUGAAAUUGCUGUGGCAAGGAUUGUCACUCAAGGAUUGGCCUAAGUCAUUCUAGGCGCUGCAAAACCUACAGCUGACCUCGUAAGGUGCAAAAAGAAUUGUCUCUCGAUACACAAAGGCCUAUGCAGAUGUAGAUGCCACCGGUUCUUCACGUUCUGCAGAUGUAGAUGCCACCGGUUCUUCAUGUUCUGUAGAUGUAGAUGCCACUGGUUCUUCAUGUUCUGCAGAUGUAGA